AGCUGCUGUGCUGCUGGUUUUAGCUUCCUGGACAGGGGGGUGGGUGGGUGUGUGUGUGUGUGUGAGGGGGGGGUUACAUAUGAUAUUUUUCAGCACUUUCAGAAGCCACAUCCCUCUGCUUGCUCCGCUCCCUUCUCCGGUCUGCGGAGCUUCCUUACUCUAGUGCAGUAAACAGCCUUGUUUCAGUACCGUGUCCCUCUGUCUGCUCCCUGCGCUGAAGCUCCACCGACAGCAGCGGGCAGUCGGUCAGUCUAGAGGACGCUACACACUCAGGCCCAGAACUGACCGUCUCUACAGCGACUCGGCAGGAUGCGCAGUCAGAGCAGCUCCUGCGUCUGCGCACAUGCAGUUCUUCUCGGCGCAGCACUCUUCCUCGGGGCAGCCUCGCAGUCUGCGCAUGACUCUCUUCCCCAGCUUGACGUGCAAUGCUGGUCCCCCAGCUACCCACAGAGGGUGCUGUGCACCUGGAAAGUACAGCCUGAGCCCGAUCUGCCCACAUCCUACACUGCCACCUACAGGAAGGGUCUGUUGGGAGUUCAGAUCCCCUGUGAGGUCAACCCAGAGCGUCCGAGAUCGUGUGUGAUGGAGAACCUGGAGAUGUUCUCUGUCGAGCCGUAUUUCGUCAACGUCACCGCCACCAACGCGCUCGGGAGCACCACCCGGCUGCUGCCUUUCAUACUGGAGAAAAUCGUCAAGCCUGAUCCUCCUGUGGACAUCAAGGUGACUCUGCGCUCCAGCAGGAGGCUGACCGUGGAGUGGGCUCCGCCGCCCAGCUGGACCGACCCCACCCUCUUCCAGCUGAAGUACCAAGUGCAGUACAGUGAUGGGGGGGUGCGAGCGCCACGCACAGUGAGCACGCCACACGCAAAGACACACCGCAGGGCACACGCCACACGCAAAGACACUCCACGUCUGCACACUGCAGGGCACAUGCCACACGCAAAGACACUCGACACCUGCACACAGUGAGCACGCCACACGCAAAG